GUACUUUAAAUAAGUUAAUGAUUGACUUGCUUUGUUUCAGGAAGAGGCAGAGUUCAGUAGCAGCAGCCAUUUUAGUCUAACUUAGCCUGCGUUUCAUUGUUUUUCCUUCAGUCAUGGACAAAGACAGCUAACCGUCUGAUCGCGUUUCUUCCAGGCUGGUUGUUUGCAAGCAAAGUGCCAUGGUGACCCUGAAUCAUCUGAGUGUAGAGGAUCCGGAUCAUGGUUCUCUGCUGUUACCUGUGGUCACAGAGACAGCCACACUCACACCUGUCAGCCAGAGACAGCGUUCGGUUACAAAGACGGAGCCCAUGGAUUUUUUCCUCAGUAGGAAAGCAAACCUUGCCUCGAGUCUGCUCGUGUUAAUGGUAUGCUACUUGGUCAUACUGAUUCCUGCAUAUUUUCCCAUGAAGAAAACGACAGCUGACAGCGAUGAUCACCAGGACCCUAAAGAUCUGGUUUUACUGAAUCGUUCGGCCUCCCUGCUUUCACGUCCUUGUCAGCCUCACUCCUGUUUAAACCACCUGAAGCCCUUGUCCUUUUCCGAAGGCCUCCAGGAGAUUCCAGUUUUUGUGGAGCAGGGCCGACCUGCAGAAUGGGCCCUGGGCCCUCCUCUGGGGCUGCAGGGCAGCGAGGAGCACCUGGCCCUGACUCUUGCUUCAAUGCCCGAACCUGGCGUUCCCCCAUCGCUCAAAACAAAAGACAGCUGCAGGCGAUGUGUGGUGGUGGGAAAUGGGGGUGUUCUGCAAGGAAGCCAUCUUGGAUCCCAUAUAGACCAGUAUGAUGUCAUAAUCAGAAUGAAUAAUGCUCCAGUGGUUGGAUUUGAAAGAGAUGUCGGGUCACGGACUACCAUCCGUCUGAUGUAUCCAGAAGGAGCGCCGCACUCUGCCAAUGAGUACAGAAAAACCUCCAUGAUUGCCUUGGUUGUUUUUAAAAGCCUGGACCUGGACUGGCUCACCUCUGUCAUCACCAAACAGCCUCUGAGUUUUUGGUCCAAAAUGUGGUUCUGGAGGGAGGUGGUGGAUGAUAUUCCACUGAGUCCAGAGAGCUUCAAGAUCCUCCACCCAGAGAUUAUUCACAAGACAGGACAAGUUUUACAGAAAUAUGCUCUAAAACAGGGGAAUAUGAUUCCCACAUUAGGUGCCAGCGCUUUGGUGAUGGCGAUGCAGUUGUGCGACCAGGUGAGCUUGGCUGGCUUUGGAUACAACAUGCAACACCCAGAGGCCCGACUUCACUACUAUGAGGCACUUCGCAUGGAUGCAAUGAAGGCUCAAGUGGUACACGAUGUCAGUGCUGAAAAACUGUUCCUGAGGGAUCUGGUGGCUGCAGGAGCUGUGACUGACCUCACAGGAGCUCUUUAAUUAUGGGACUGAGAGUUAAAUUAUUACGUUUCUAUGUGAAGAAACACAUGAAAACUCUGGCGAAUAUAAGACUUUUAUGAGGUAAAAUGUGCUCAGACAUAUUAAAUCAAUGCUAACUUUUUUAUUUGUUGCAAAAACUCAUACUAUUAUCGCAAAAAUCAUGUAUUUUUAAUUUGUUCUUAAUACUUUGAAUAAAGUUUUAUCAGCAAUGGUU